CACGCUACGGGCGGUGCGCCGGCUUCUGUUUUCGUUUUUCUCUGUGCACGGUGUUAGCGACCUCGUUGUGUUAUGCGUGGCUGCUGUUGACCAAGUUGGCAAAACGCAGGUCACCGGUGCGACGACAUCAUUGGCGUGAGGGGCGUGCAAUUUCGGCACACCGGAAGGCCUCUGGUUGAGACCACCCACCAAUUUCCUCAACUACAGCCACCAUGGGUGUCGGUGAUGCUGAAGACAGCAGAGAUGGUGCCAGGAGGGGUAGCCAUGUGUCGAGGCAGCAUGCUAUAGUGUACCAGCCUACAGAUGCUCCGGCAUGCCCGCAGUGCCGCAUGCUGGAUGUGCCGUUCUUCGACACCGAUUGCCCUAACUGUCUCAACAUCCUGCACAGCGAGGACACCACUGUGCCAGAGAUCUUUGCCAUCCUUCGCCAGUGGGUGCCACGCACCCAGAAGGACAUCAAGACACUCUGUACCGAGGUUUUGAAGCGUGGGGCUCACGUCAACGAUCGUGACGGCCUGACAGACAUGACACUUCUGCACUAUGCCUGCAAGUCCGGGGCCACUGGUGUUGGUGAUCUGACGAGCUCGACGCAAACUGUGGGCAUACUUCUGGAUUAUGGUGCAGAUCCUACAUUGCGCUGUCGUUGGACAGACAUGGCCCCGCUUCAUUAUGCCGCAUACUUCGAUGUUCCUCCUGUAAUUGAAUUGCUGCUGAAGGCAACUAAGAGGUCGGACAUUGACAGCCCCUGCCAGGUGUUUGAUGGUGGCACGCCACUCCACAUAGCAGCGGCUACUCUCUGUCUGGGAGCUGCUCAGACCCUUGUGGACUGUGGUGCCAGUUUGACCAGUCUGGAUAGCUUAGGGAGGAUUCCCUUUGAAUGUGUUCCGGAGAUGAGGAAAGGUGAAGCACUUCCUAGCGAGGUCAGCAUGGCGUGCAACAUGCGCGACCUGCUUCGCUGUUCGCUGCCCCCUGGAGUCCACAGCUCCGACGGCAGCGGGCAGCAACAGGAGGCAGCCCCUUCCCCAUCAACGGGGCGCGUCUUGCUGCAGUCACUGGGGCUCAAGAUUGGCGACAAAGUCACUGUGGGUGGCUCUAAGGUUGGCACCCUGCGCUAUUGUGGGACCAUCCAUUUUGCCACUGGUAUCUGGGCAGGCGUGGAGCUGUGUAACCCGCUCGGCAAGAAUGAUGGCUCCCUCGGUGGGGUCUCUUACUUCCAGUGCCCAAUGAAUCAUGGGAUAUUCGCUCCAAUAACGAAGAUUCAGAAGUACGACGGCGGCACUCAAGUAGACACUGUAUCAUCACCUACAAAAGCAAGCCGGCCACCAAAGAGUAUUUCGUACCCGAAGGUGGAUGUGUCUCAUGUUUCCUCAAAAAUUGAGACUGGUCUGUCAACACUCAGACAAAAGCAGCACCUUUAUGACCGCAAGAACAACAAGCUCUCCAUUGGAGAUUCUGUCGUCGUGGGGCAGAGAAAAGGCGUGGUGCGUUUUCUCGGCGAAACUCAAUUUGCUCCAGCACAUUCCGAGCAACCGUCGCCCGAACGCACAGGGUACUGGUGCGGGAUUGAGCUGGCCAAGCCUGAAGGCAAGAACAACGGGUCCGUCAACGGGGUCACUUAUUUCACAUGCCCCCCGAACCAUGGUGUCUUCGCUCAACCUUUGAAGGUCAAAUGGAUACCUCCAGGAACAGAUGAGGAAGCAUCUGACCUGGACUCAUUGGUUGAUCUGAACACAUCCAUCAGCCGAAGCUCCACAGAUGGUGAUUCGGGUGGUAGCCCCGCAUCCCAGAGGUCAACUUCCACUGAUAAGAAACCACCCGCAAAGUCACAGCAUGCUAAAACAGUGCAGACCGUGCUCAAGAAGGGCUGCUGGCUGACAGUGGGGAUGAAUGUGUUUGUCUGCAAUGAGCUUGGCGUUAUCCGGUACAUCGGUCCAGUGCACUUUGAGGAAGGCACCUGGCUCGGUGUGGAACUGCGUGGGCCCACGGGUAGGAAUGAUGGCAGCGUCCAAGGGAGGCGCUAUUUCACGUGCAAGCCAAACCAUGGUCUCAUUGUCCGGCCCAACAAGGUCACGGUGCGGGGCAUCAAUAGCGCCAAGUUGUUUGAAGAGCAGCCACACUCUUGAGAAUGGCUUUUAGCUUACUUUGAGCACAUGGUAGGCCUGAUUCUGCCUUUUUAGGGGCAGGGAAUUGGAUGGCUAUUCAGAGCCGGGGAUUGCAAUUUUGCAUGACUUAACUUGUGGCAAUACCAGAGGACUCCCCCCAAGACAACCAUGAGAAGGGACCUUGAAAACAUGUUGCAUAGGUCUUGUUGGAAGUUCUUAACAGAAGUUCACUGAUAUAUAUAUAUAUAUAUAUAUAUA